GCAUAUUUACGUCAUGGGCAUAAAAGAAAUUGAAAAUGUUGCCCAGUCGUCACUAAUCCACGGGCCGCAUCGCACUUGGUCAAAUCUCUGCCUGCAUAUUUGCAGAUUUUGAAGCAAUAUUUGCAAAAUACUUGAAAACCAUUUUUGAAUCAUGGAAGCAGCAGCAGCAUCGAGUCAGAGCAGUGAUUUACUUUCCGACGUGACGGGCCGGACAUUAUUCCUUCUGGAUACCCCAUUCUUCUACAUCUUGGGCUACUUGCUGGUCGCAUAUUUCGUCAUCUACUUCGUCGCAAUGUACGCGGGACCUAUGAUGACCGGAAGUGACCCGUACUAUCCCUACCCAUCGUACCCCUACAGACACGGGAUGCCUCACUCGAUCAAAAAACGUUCCCUGCCACACGGCUACACCGAUCAGGACCUGAUUUCCAGAGUGACCAACGCCAUUGAGGGCCAGACCUACUAAACCCAAACUCAUUAUUAUCUAAUAAUUAUAGCCCCAUUAUGAUAAUUGCGAUAUUUUUUAUGUAUUAUGUUCAAAAUCAAAAUUGACAAAAUUGCAUCAAAACUUGUAAUCGGCAUUGGUAAAACUGUUUAAGUAAAUAAAUAAAUACGAAAAAUUUAAUAUGACGCAAAU